AUGGCGCUGCUGUGCUUCCUCCUCGACCUCCGCAACAUCCCGCCUCCCCUCCUCCGCCUCCUCAAGCAGUGCCUGCUCCACCUCGCCAACCACUACGCCGCCACCCCCUCGCCGACCGCCUCCGCCUCCGCCGCCCCGCUCCCCGACCGCAUGGCACUCUGCUACGUCCACCACGACGCCGCCCGCUCCUCGCCUGAGCUCAAGAUUUCGUAUAGGCCUGGGGAGAAGUUUAACAUUCGAGAUUUUCACCAUGCUGUGGGAAAUUUGCCUCUGGAUGGCUUUCUUCAUGAACAACAUGCUGGAGACGUGCCAUUGCAAAAUCUGUUUAGCAACAGAGCCAUCUAUUCUUGGGCCACUGAUGACAUUUCCAAGAAAGUGAUUGCAAUAUGUUUUUCUGCACAAAACACAGAUGCGCUCCGAAGAUCACUUAUGGACGCAUCAGAACAGUGUAUUACAGUGGAGUUUGUGAUGUUGGAAACAGAGGCUGAUGCAUACAUGUAUGAUGAUGUUUCUGGAAACUCCAAUAAUUUCAUACACAGAAUCGGUGACCUUGAGAAUUGUGUGGUGCGGAGAUACAGUCCUGAGACCCAAGUUUUGAAUGGGCUAGUCAAGAGGUGGUUAGAAGAGCUAAAUGAUGACAAGGAAGAAACACUGCAAGCUGUAUUUGUGUUCAGAGUUCCCAUUGUAAAAUCUGUCAAUCAAGUAUCUUGCAACAUAUAUCCAGCAGCAGAUCAGAUCAUUGAUGGUUUUCCAUAUUGCCAGGUGAUAGGAAUUAUUUACACCACAUAUGAGUCUAUGACUGUGUAUUCAGUUCAAGAUGUGCAACAGCAUACAACCCAAUGGGGAUAUGCUAAUGGAGAAUACACUAAACAGAUAUGCAAGUGCCAUGGUUGCCCUAUAGAUCAUGUUACCACAAAUAAGUCAAAACGGGUGUGCCCAACAACUAGCCGCCACCUUGCAGCUUCCGAUGUUACUGAUACUGCCGUGAAGAUUGGAGAACAGACUUUAGCCUCGCUAAAUGAAGGAGUCAUAAUGGGGAAAUCUCAUGUUGUGAUUCCCAGCUCAAAUGAUGAAGUUGCUCUAACCGAUGAGAGCUUAGAUCGGAACACCAAGAUUUUCUAUGGUCUAUGUGAAACUCUUUUCAAGCUUGAUCAGGGACUUGUGUGCUCCUCCACGUGCAACACUGAAACAAUGAAAAUCGGAACUCUUGCGUGCUAUUAUCUUCUCCAACCAUCUGAGAAGGGAGCAAUGCUUCUGAGGAGGCUCGCUGGAUCUGAGGAGAUAUUGCCUCUCGCAAAUGUGAGUCGAUCUUGCAACUAUACUGUUGGAAAUAACAUGAAGACUACUGAAUCGAUCUAUGAGGUGCUGGUGCGCUUUGUGACAGACCAUCCAGUUGUCGCACUGCCAUCCACCUAUCUGGUGCCUGAAGAUGGUGCCUGA